AUGGAACAAUAUAUAGCACCAAGGGUAAAUAAAAAGUACUUAAAAAAUUUUUUUAAUAAAAAUGUAAGAAUAGUAGGAAAAAUUUUAAAAAAGGAUGGAAAUGAGUUAAUUUUACAAACACCUGAUAAUGGAGAAAUAAAAUGCUUUUUAAAUGAAAACCAAAUGGUUGAUUCAUUAGAUAAAUAUAUUGAAGUUUUAGGAAGAGUUAACGAAGAUGAAACAUUAAGUGAUAUUGUUUAUAUACAAAAUGGAGGAAAUAAUAUAAAUAUGAAUGAAUUAAAUAAUUUAAUAAAUAUGACGUUUCUUGAAGAAUUUGAAGAAAUUUUUUGA